GGAAGUGACCUAAUCGAUUCCCUCUGUGGCUGAACUUAGUUGCAGAGGUUUGCCAUUUACCUUGCUCAUGUAGUAGCUACUGAAUGUAUGUGCCUGAUACUUUCACUUACAUUUCUGAUACCACUCACCACCAUAUAUUAAAAUACAGAAAAUGUUCUUGGUCAAAACUGAUGGCUGUUUUUUCUGGAUGGUAUUAUGUUAUACCUCUGUUGCUUCAAUGGGUAACAAACAUUGCCAUGACUCCUGUAACGCAUCCACCCUCCAGGCUCCACUGGGCUCUGCGGUGCUCUUGUCAUGCAUCUUUGGGUCUACCUCUCUGGGCAUCAGCCCUGGCCAUGGAUGGGUGGUGUGGAACCAGAUCUCUGGUUCUGGUGCCAGCCUGGUCAACAUCACAUCCUCUGGGAAGGUGGACUUUCUGGACCCUAGGCAGGGCAGAGUGAAGGUUUUCCCCAAUCAGGGAGGUCUGGGGAACUUCUCCAUCAGCAUCGAUGCCCUUCAGGCCUCAGACCUGGGUUCCUACUGCUGUGAGCUACAGAGUAAUGACCAGUGCCAUCGAGUGGAAGUUGAGGAACUUGAUCAAGACAGUAGAGAUCUGCAAGUGUUGUUUUUCAGCGUUGGUGGUAUGGCCGUCCUCAUAGUGCUCCUGAUUGGCUGUUUCUGCUGGGUGAAAUGGACACGAUCCAGUACACUUCCUGAGGACGUUGCGUGUACUGACGAUGUUGGGAGAGACGUGGCACAGAAGAGAGGUAAAAAACGAGCCGGCAAUGAGCGACCUAUCUAUGAAAACAAUGAGCACGAUCCAACCAGAAUGCAGCAUGAACCGACCAGAAUUCAGCAAAAUCCAACCAGAAUUCAGCAGGAUCCAACCACAAUUCAGUAUGAUCCAACCGGAAUUCAGCAUGAACCACCAAGAAACCAGCACGAACCACCAAGACACCAGCACGAACCAGCUAGAUACCAAAAUAAACCAGUGAGAGAUUUGAGUGAGAAAAGAAGAGGGUUUCAUAGAGAACUCAUGAGCAGAUUGCGCCAAUCAAGUCUCGGACAGCAUUACUAUGCAAACCAAGCGGAGAUCAAUGAGCAAGCCAGAGCUCAGAUCGACAGCCACCAAAGAGCAAACGAGGCAGAGACCAACCAGGAGGGAAGAUUCCAAAUGGACAACCGCCAAAGAGGAAGCUUUUGGAGAAAGAAACCCAAAGAGAAAUGUGAAUAUAAAAACCCUAUCUACAACAAGAGUACAGACCAAAUCAACAAAUGAUGGGGAUGAUGAGGAUACUGGGUCUCAACACCUUGGUCUCCUUUUUGUUUGGGUUGUAUUUUUUAAAUAAAGUAUUGUCUUGAAAGUGAAACAAAUAUGAAAUAAAGUCAAAUAAUUUUUGCUUCAA